GCGAGCAUGCAAAUCAGUUGGUAUAUAAAAUUAACAAGAAGGCAUAUUCUGAAUUGAGAAUUGAAAUUUCUUUUGGCAAACAUGGAGUAUAGACUAGUCAACAUUAACAUGAAAAUUGUAAUUUAUUUGACGUUCUACCUUCAUGUAUUUUCUGCAGGUCAAUCUGAGUUUCCUUGUACCUUUCCUUGUGGUUUUAGAAAUAAAACAUUUGAUCUGUAUCAAGAUGUCAUUAGGGCUGGGUCAUCCUUCGCAACGUGGACUUUCAAUGCUGACGGAUCGGCAGCGACCUUUUUCGGUAGUUCAGUUAAUUGUUUUCAAAUAUCUGAACAGUUUCUUAUUCUCAGCAUAGAAAACUCGUUAAAAUUUUUGUGUUUCCCAAUCUUUUACACAGCCGGCCAAUCAAACUUUACAUUUGUUAUACGAGGUAAUUUGAAUUCUAAAGAAUAUGAGAACGUAAGUUCAGCUUUUAAUCAGUCUCAAGUGUGUGAAGUAUGCGGAGUAAACAAUGCUGAAACAGCUACAGUCGUAGCAAUAGGUAAGGUUAUUCACAGAAAUAAUUAUCAAUGA